AUGGACAACAUUAAUAUCACAGACCAGGAGAUCCCAAAUGGUGAUGUCGAAGAGCUUGACGCUAUCAUAGUUGGUGCAGGCUUUGGUGGAGUCUAUCAACUGAGGCGGCUGCGCCAGGAAGGAUACAAGGUAAAACUGGUCGACUCUGCGUCUGAUUACGGAGGUGUGUGGUGUUGGAACCGCUUUCCUGGAGCACGUGUGGACAUCACCAUUCCUCAUUAUGAGUUCUCAGACCCCGAACUCUGGCGCUCGUGGUCGUGGACUCAAAGGUUCCCCGGUUCAGCAGAACUGCGAGCAUAUUUUAGUUUUGUCGCGGAGAAGUGGGAUCUACGCAAGGACACCUACUUCAGUACUCGCAUUACGGCUGCGGAAUGGAAUGAAGAAGAAGGCAAAUGGUUGGUGACAGCAGCCAACGGAAAGGUCUUUCGUGCGAAGUACUUUCUCCUCAACACUGGCUUUGCGGCUAAAAGAUACAUACCGGACUGGAAAGGCAUUGAUCGAUUUCAAGGUACUUGGGUCCAUCCAUCAUAUUGGCCAAGAAACGAGCCCGAUCUCAAAGGUAAACGAGUCGCCGUCGUUGGGACGGGCUCAACGGGUGUCCAGCUUAGCCAAGAGCUCAGCAAAGUGGCCGGCGAAUUCGUUCUCUUUCAAAGGACUCCCAAUAUGGCACUACCAAUGAAACAAGUUGAAUACGCUGCAGACAAACAGGCUUUUCCAAGAGAGAACUAUGCCAAGUUCUUUACCGAAAGGACUCAGGGCUUUGGGGGCAUAUUACUCAACUUUCUUCCUCGGGCCACUUUCGACGAUACGCCAGAACAGAGGCAAGCUACCUACCAACGACUGUGGGAUGAAGGUGACUUUCACUUUUGGUUGGCCACCUAUCACGACAUGAUGUUCUCAAGGGACGCCAAUAAAGAAGCUUACAAUUUCUGGCGAGACAAAGUCAGAGCCAGGAUCAAUGACCCGCGGGUGAAGGAAAUGUUGGCUCCAGAGAUCCAACCCCAUGCUUUUGGAUGCAAACGAUGUUCGUUGGAGAUCGGAUUCUACGAGAUUUUCAAUCAGCUGAAUGUCUCUUUGGUGGAUGUGAACUCCACACCAAUCCUCGAGGUGACUGAAAAGGGCAUCAAGACCACGGAGAAGUUGUGGGAGUUCGACUAUGUCAUCUGCGCUACGGGUUUUGACGCAGUCACUGGUGGUUUCAACGAGAUAGAUAUCCGCGGAAAGUCUGGACACAGGCUUACUGACAAGUGGCUCGAAGGUGUCAAAACAUACCUUGGACUAGCCGUUUCUCAAUUCCCAAACAUGUUCUUCACCUACGGACCCCAAGCACCCACUGCUUUUUGCAACGGCCCAACUUGUGCCGAACUACAGGGCGAAUGGAUCCUUGGUGUACUCAAUCACAUGCGAGAGAAGGGAUCAAAGUCAAUUAACGCCCAGGAACAGGCAGAAAACGAGUGGAGCAAAGGUGUCCACGCAAUUGCAAAUGCUUCGCUGCUACCAACUACAAAGUCGUGGUACAUGGCCGAUAAUAUCCCAGGCAAAGUCAGAGAGCCGUUGAUAUACCUUGGAGGUGUUCCCACGUACUAUAAAACCAUCGACGAAUGUGCAAAGAACGGGUACGCGGGCUUCGAUGUGGUUUAG